AUGGCUUCUCUGGGGCUCACCACAGUCCUGAUACUCCUUUAUUGGACCGGCUGUGUUGCUGCUGAAAACGACAAAAGAGAUGUCAUUGUCACCUUCAACGAUAUUUUUGUUCCUCCGUCGGAUUAUAUUGUCCCAAAGACGCUGUAUGGACGCACCGUGCAGCUAGCAGAUGGCACACUCCUCGCGACCUGGGAGAACUAUUCCCCAGAACCACCCAAUGUCUAUUUUCCGAUUUUCCGGAGUACCGACUAUGGCCAAACCUGGGCUGCCUUUUCCAACGUCACAGACCAAGUCAACGACUGGGGUUUGCGCUAUCAGCCCUUCCUCUACUUGCUCCCACAAGCUAUUGGCGACCUCGCGGCAGGAACUAUACUAUGCGCAGGAAACUCCAUCCCGUCAGACUUGAGCCAGACUCAAAUCGACCUGUACGCAUCCACAGACGACGGUGCAUCUUGGUCCUACGUCUCGAGCAUUGCGUCUGGCGGCGUGGCAGAGCCUGUUAACGGGGACACACCAGUGUGGGAGCCUUUCCUGAUGGUAUAUGACGACCAGCUGGUGGCAUAUUACUCAGACCAGAGCGACACAACCUAUGCCCAGAAACUCGCCCACAAGACCUCCACAGACGGCGUGACAUGGGGCACUGAGGUCAAUGACGUCGCCCAGCCUACCUAUUCCGCCCGUCCAGGCAUGGCCACAGUCGCGGAGAUGGGUAACGGCGAGUACAUCAUGACGUACGAGUACUGUGGGACCGAAGCCUGCGAUGUGUAUUAUCGCAUCAGCGACAGCCCGCUGACGUUCGAUUCUGCGACCGAUAAUAAGCUCACAGCGAAUGGAGUCACACCCGUGAGCUCUCCGUACGUCGUCUGGAGCUCGUCGGGCGGGACCAACGGCACGAUUGUUGUGAGCGCAGACAGCAACACACAAAUCUUCAUCAGCACUGCCCUGGGAGACCCCGACUCUUGGGUUGAGUAUGACACGCCUCAGUCUGGGGCCUACUCACGGCAUCUGCGUGUCAUGGAUGAUCCGGAUUACCUUCUCAUCAUGAGUGCCGGGUAUCUCGACAGUGAUAAUUGGGUCACGUUGAGUGUAAUGGAGUUACCAAAUUUGUGA